CCGCCCGCCAUAAUGCAUAUUCGUAAAUUCAUAACAACAACAAACAGCUUAAAUUUAUUUGUUAGAUUUGUCAUAGCUAAGUUGUAGCCUAGUUCCGUGAAAGUUAGUUUUAUUCUUCAAAAAAUUUAUCUAGUUUUACAGGAAGUAUAUUUCCCAUCAUGUGUGAUGAGUUUCAGAGCUCUCACGUAAUCUCAAUGAUGCCUGAGUUGUUAUUACGUGAUCUUGAUGAGAAAUCAAUGAGAUUGUCCAGUGCAGAAAGAUGUUCUGCAGUCGUGAACCUGUGCAGCAAGAGUGCCAUGGAAUUUUGUGAGCUGCAUCAACAAUGCUCGGAAGUGAAGAAAACUCAUCUUAAUACAUGUAAAAAUCUUAAAGAAGAAAUUGAAGAAUUAAAGAAAGAGACUAUUGCCCAGGAAAAUGAGCGACAAAAAUUGAUGAAUCUAAUAGCAAACAUCAAGGAGUCUAUAACAGCAAAUAAACAAGAUGGGGUAACAAAUGAUGAGGAACUAUCACUUCUCAUGCAAAAACUGGCUAUUUUAAGGCAGGAAAUUGAACACAAGAUAGAAGAUAUAUUACAUGAUGUAAAAUCAUUUAGAUUGGGGAUUUUGUACUACAAUAAGUUUCUACAAUGCAAUGUUAUUUCGGUGGGAAAGAAUGAACUACUUUUCACUUUCAAUACCUCAGCAAAGAGUGCCUCUGAUGCUCAUCAUUUCAUCAGGUUUACCACCCAAGAUGGACUCACGUUUCAGUAUGUUGAAAUGUAUCCAAAAUUGAAGAAAGAGCAGAAAUUGAUUGAGAGAUUUCACAAGACAGGAGACAUCCAAGGACUCAUUCUAUCAUUUUGGAAAGCUGUGAAGAAUCUAAGAGAAAUAUAAGUAGUUUUUAAAAGAAAACAUAUUUUGUAUUAUAACAAGGUACAGGGUGUUUAUAAAUUAAUAUCGGAGUUUUAAUGUUGUGUAGUAUUCAUUAUAUAAAACUUAUAAUUUUAUUAUACUUAAUACAUGAAAUUAAAAAGCAACUCAAAUUGUUAUACCUACAAGCUUACAAGUGUUCAAAGUGUGCUCCAUUCAUCACAUGGCACACAUCAAGUUGGUAGCCUAUUUUUUCCCAAUUUUGAUCAAUGUGUCUGGAGUGAUUGUUUCAACAAGUGACGGUUUCAAUCCUGUUUCUCAAGUCGGAUAGGUCAGCUGAUAGUGGAGGCACACAAUCUUUUAUGAAUCCCCAAAGGUAAAAAAUUACAUGGCGUCAGAUUGGGUGAACAUGGAGACCAUGUGAAACAAGCUCUGUCAUUAUGCCCCUUGUAGCCGAUCCAGUGGUCAGGCACAGUGAAGGUUAACCAAUCGCAUACUGAGUUAAGCCAGUGAGAUGGUGCACGAUCUUGCUGCCAAAUUAUGUUCUGUGGUUCAUCUUCUUCCAAUUGAGGAAACAGCCAUAGUUCUAGAGAAAUACUUGUUACUGUUCCUUCUCCAAAAAAGAAAGGUCCAUAAAUGUUCCGCCUAGAUAUCGCACAUAAAAUAUUCAAUUUAGGUCUCACUCCAAUAAUAUAAUCCCUUGAGGGUUUUCUGACCCCCAGAUACGCACAUUGUGUUUUCAAAUGUCCACUGAGGUGAAAUGUUGAUUUGUCACUGAAUACAUGAUCCAGAAAACUUCAUUGUCAUACAACAUUUCGUUUGCAACAUUGGCAUGUAAACCAUAGUCUGCAGACUUUAGAACCUGUAACAACUGGAAACAAUAAGGAUGUAGUUGUAAGCAUUACCGUUGAAGUUUCCAAAUUCUCAUCACUGGAAUUGCUGAUUCAUUACUAACUUUCUGAGCGGAUUUCUGUGGGCUAUGCAUGAAAGUUCCUCUCACUCGUUUAACACUCUCUUCACAAACCGUACUCUUCCCUUUGCAAAGACAGCCAGUAUCUUCAAACUUAUGAUAUCAUAUAUGGGACGUUACUAUCACUUUUUUGCUACUAGCUCUCUGUAAUGGAUGGCGAAAGAAACAUUGUGUCCAAGGUGCAUGCGCACAAGUAACAACAAACGAUUGUUUGAGUUGCUCUUUGAUUUGAUGUAUGAAUUAUAAUUUUAAGUUAUAUGUAGAAAAAACUUCAGUGUUAAAACCCCGAUAUUCAUUUAUAAACACCCAGUGUUGCAAAAAGGAAUACACUAUGUAUUUAAUUAUAUACUGCAUCUCCUUCUUCUACAAAGACUUCAUUCUGUAUUUUUAUAAAGCUGUAACUACACUAAAAUCAAAAUUAGUAACUUUCUGAAGAGAAUUCUUCCUAUCACAUUAAUUUUGUGUUUUUACUGUGUUACAAAUUACUUCUUAUCCUUCUUCUGUACAAUAUUUAAUUAGGUAUUGUAUUAUGUAAAUAUUUUUAUCUACAAUGUUAUUUGCUUAAAAUAUAUUUUAUAUUAUUUCAA